GCGGCCAUCUUUCCUCACGGCGGCUGCUCUGGGUGCGAGUGAGGGGUCCACGGGCCCCGCUGGCGCUCGGGCUCGGCCGGAGUGGCGGCGAGGCGUGGAUGAGGGGAGCGGCGGUGGCCGAGGGCCGCCCCCUGUGUCGCCACCCCCCCACCCAGGGCAGGCCGAGCGGGCAGCACGCCGGCGGCCGCGGGGUCCCUGCCCGGCGCGGCCUCGUCCCCGCCGGGGCGCUCCCCCGGCGCCCGCUCGCCGCCCGCGCUCUCUGGGUCGGGCCCCCAGAUGGGAUAGGCUUUAAAGAUGUUUAGUUUUGAGGGGGACUUCAAAACCAGGCCCAAGGUGUCCCUGGGAGGCGCGAGCCGGAAGGAAGAAAAGGCUUCUCUUUUACAUCGAACUCAGGAAGAAAGAAGAAAGAGGGAGGAAGAAAGGCGAAGAUUGAAAAAUGCAAUAAUUAUCCAGUCAUUUAUUCGAGGCUGUAGAGACAGAAAACAGCAAUGUUCCAUCCAGAGGAGUGCGUUCGACCGCUGUGCCAGCCUGUCCCAGUCCGGUGGCGCCUUUCCCCUUGCCAGCGGCCCCAACCUUACCCUCCUGGUGAGGCAGCUUCUGUUUUUUUACAGACAGAGUGAAGACUCGAAGCGCUUGAUAUGGAUGUAUCAGAACCUGAUUAAACACAGUGCUCUGUUUGUCCAGCAGUUGGAAGGAUCUGAGAGACUCACAUGCUUGUUUCAGAUAAAGAGGCUGAUGAGCCUCUGUUGCAGGUUGCUGCAGAGCUGUAACGAUGACAGUCUGAAUGUUGCGCUCCCCAUGAGGAUGCUGGAGGUGUUCUCCUCUGAGGACACGUACUUGCCUGUUUUACAAGAUGCUAGCUACGUGGUGUCCAUCAUUGAACAAAUUUUGCACUACAUGAUUCAGAAUGGGUAUUAUAGAUCUCUCUAUUUGUUAAUUAACAGCAAGCUUCCAUCAAGUAUUGAAUAUUCUGAUUUAUCUCGAGUUCCUAUAGCAAAAAUUUUGCUAGAGAAUGUUUUAAAACCAUUGCACUUUACGUACAACUCCUGUCCAGAAGGUGCAAGGCAACAGGUUUUUACAGCCUUCACGAAGGAGGUGCUGGCGGCCCCCUUCACGGAGCAGGUCUUCCACUUCGUCAUCCCUGCCCUGGCGGACCCACGGACCGUCUUCCCCUACGAGCCCUUCCUGACCGCACUGCUGUCCCUGGAGGGCAGGCGCCCCACCACCAGUGGGGGCGCGCCCUGGCUCUUCUACUUCGUCUUAACCGUUGGUGACAAUUAUUUGGGCGCGCUAUCCGAGGACGGGCUGCUGGCGCACCUGCGAGUCCUCCAGGCCCUCCUGUCCCAGCUGCCCGUCUCGCCCACCCGCGCCAGCGGCCAGGAUGCGGCCAGCGACUCAGACGAAGAGGAGGGGGAGGAGGCCGACAGGCCAGCCAGCGCUCCGGAGGACGGGCGGCUGUCUGUGCUGUACAUCGCCGAGGAGUGUCUGAAGAAGCUGGACACGAAGCAGCAGACCAACACGCUGCUGAGCCUGGUGUGGAGGGACUCGGCCAGCGAGGAGGCCUUCACGCUGAUGGCGGCCAUCUGCCACACGCUCAUGGUGCAGCACCGCGUCCUGGUGCCGCGGGCCAGGCUUCUCUACAGUUUAGCCUUCAAUGCCAGGUUUCUGAGACAUCUCUGGUUUCUCAUAUCUUCAAUGACAACGCGGAUGAUAACAGGGUCUAUGGUACCAUUGCUUCAGGUGAUAUCAAGGGGCUCGCCUAUGUCUUUUGAAGAUUCGAGUAGAAUCAUCCCCCUCUUUUACCUGUUUAGCUCUUUGUUCAGUCACUCACUGAUUUCCAUACAUGAUAACGAAUUCUUCGGAGACCCCAUAGAAGUUGUAGGUCAAAGACAAUCGUCAAUGAUGCCUUUUACUUUAGAAGAGCUGGUAGUGUUGUCUCGAUGCCUUCGCGACGCGUGCUUAGGGAUCAUCAAACUGGCAUAUCCAGAAACAAAGCCAGAAGUUCGAGAAGAGUAUAUCACCGCCUUUCAAAGUAUUGGAGUGACUACCAGUUCUGAAAUGCAGCAGUGUAUACAGAUGGAGCAGAAACGAUGGAUUCAGUUAUUUAAGGUCAUCACCAACCUCGUGAAGAUGCUGAAGUCCAGGGACACGCGGAGGAGCUUCUGCCCCCCCAAUCACUGGCUGUCAGAGCAAGAGGAUAUCAAAGCAGAUAAGGUCACCCAGCUCUACGUCCCAGCGUCCAGGAACGCGUGGCGGUUCCGGCGGAUGGGGAGGAUUGGGCCCCUGCGGUCCACGCUGGACGUAGGUCUGGAGUCCCCGCCGCUGUCCGUGUCCGAGGAGAGGCAGCUCGCCAUCCUGACCCAGCUGCCCUUUGUGGUUCCGUUUGAGGAGCGGGUGAAGAUCUUUCAGAGAUUGAUUUAUGCAGAUAAGCAAGAAGUUCAAGGAGAUGGUCCAUUUCUGGAUGGAAUUAAUGUCACAAUAAGAAGAAAUUAUAUUUAUGAAGAUGCUUAUGACAAACUUUCCCCUGAAAAUGAGCCUGACUUGAAAAAGCGGAUCCGUGUGCACUUACUGAAUGCGCACGGCCUGGACGAAGCCGGCAUUGACGGCGGUGGCAUUUUCAGAGAGUUUCUAAACGAGCUACUGAAGUCAGGGUUUAACCCCAACCAGGGGUUCUUUAAGACCACUAACGAAGGGCUUCUGUACCCCAACCCAGCUGCUCAGAUGCUUGUGGGCGAUGCCUUCGCCAGACAUUACUACUUCCUGGGCAGGAUGCUCGGAAAGGCCCUCUAUGAGAACAUGCUGGUGGAGCUGCCCUUCGCUGGCUUCUUCCUGUCCAAGCUGCUGGGGACCAGCGCCGACGUGGACAUCCACCACCUGGCGUCCCUAGACCCCGAGGUGUACCGGAACCUGCUCUUCCUCAAGAGCUAUGAGGGCGACGUGGAGGAGCUGGGGCUGAACUUCACGGUGGUGAACAACGACCUCGGAGAGGCCCAGGUAGUUGAACUGAAAUCUGGUGGGAAGGACAUCCCGGUGACGAGUGCCAAUCGCAUCGCGUACAUCCACCUGGUGGCCGACUACCGGCUGAACCGGCAGAUCCGCCCGCACUGCCUGGCGUUCCGGCAGGGCCUCGCCAACGUGGUGAGCCUGGAGUGGCUGCGGAUGUUCGACCAGCAGGAGAUCCAGGUGUUGAUUUCUGGUGCACAAGUUCCCAUAAGUCUAGAGGACCUAAAAUCCUUUACAAACUAUUCAGGAGGCUACUCUGCCGAGCACCCCGUGAUCAAGGUCUUCUGGAGAGUCGUGGAGGGCUUCACGGACGAGGAGAAGCGCAAACUGCUCAAGUUUGUGACCAGCUGCUCCCGGCCCCCUCUCUUGGGGUUUAAGGAGCUGUACCCCGCAUUCUGCAUCCACAACGGGGGCUCCGACCUGGAGCGGCUGCCCACCGCCAGCACCUGCAUGAACCUGCUGAAGCUCCCCGAGUUCCAGGAUGAGGCGCUGCUGCGGAGCAAGCUCCUGUACGCCAUCGAGUGCGCCGCGGGCUUCGAGCUGAGCUGACCCGUGGCCGUGGCCCACCCUCUGCGGAGACAGCCUGGCCUCCGUGCGCCCCUAGCCAGCAGGGCGCUCGAGCUGGACUCCCAGCUCUCCCGGGUCCCUCUCCGCCACCCCUUCCUGCAUUUUUAAGUGAUUUAUUAAGUUGUGCUCACGUAUUUAGAUGGACGUUGCUUUUCAGAUAACUUAAAAUAACAAAUGUUACAUGCCACGUGGCUAAUAUAGUAAUUUUGCCAAGAAGAGCACAGUUUUAAGACUGGUGGCAACUCAGUGAAAUUAACCAAAGAUGAAGCUUUGGCUGUGCUGCGGAUGAGCCCCCCAAGCUGGUGACCUGGCGCCUGGGGAGGGGGCCGCGGCUCCGACCUGGCUCUGGUCUCCAGAGACUCGGGCCUCUGGGGAAACGUGGGCCACUGCUUCUCGUGUGGUUGAAUUGUUUACAAGCCUCAUUGUUAAAACUACAGGCUUUUUUUUUUUUUUCCUGCUGCCUUUUCCCAAAGUGGUUAGGUUGGAAAAUAGAUAACAAUGGUAAUAUUUUAUUUGUGUUUUUUAAGCCAUCUCCCCAGAUCGGGACUAGCAUGCUUGUUUCCAAUCUGCCGCUGGCCUGCAUCGUGAUGGUUUGGAGACCUUCCUGUGUGUGGGUGUGUGUGAGGCGGGUCCUUCACUCUCUUCCUUUCUGUCUCCACCUCGUGCCUGGAGAGCUUUUGGGGUGUGGGGGGAGGGGGGCUCCGUCCUGCUCCUGCGCGUGUGCGACCUGCGGUGAGCGAUGCUUGGGGAGGAGGCCCGCAGCCCCUCCCGAGUGACUUGAACCAAAGUGGCGCUGCGCCUUUGCACUGCGGCCCGGGCCCCGCCCCCUCGCUUCUGGGUGCUGCGUUGCAGGGGGCGGGCGCCCGGGGCGGGGCGGGGCGGGGCGGUCCUCGGGAUUCGGCACUUUAUCAGGACCUGGCGAGAGGAGCGUCUGAGAGCGUCGCUGGAGGACGCAGGCGCUGGCCGGUGCUCGCUGUCACUGGAGCUCUGGGCUGACGUGGGGGACGGGCCACAAUUAGCAAUAUCCUUUUAAAUGUGGGGGAGCCGAAUGACACUUUUAAGACAGUGACCAUUAUCAAAACAAAAUGUAUAAUUUCUUAAUUUGAAGAAUAAAUUAAGUGUUUAAAUGCUAUUUGUAGUCUUGAUAUACAGAAAUAAAAUAAUUAGGGUUUGUCCUUGGUUUUAUUUUUUUUAUUUUAGGUCGUAUUAUGUUGGAUGUUCUAUAUCUUCUUAUUAAUUGAUUUGUAUAUUAUUAUUUCGGAAAUGGAAUAUCUGGGACUGAAGAGAAAUGGGCAGUUACUCUUACUUGGAUUUUCUUCCUCGGCUAAUCUGAGCUUAUUUAUUUAUUUGUAUGUUCCAAUGGCUAAAUAUUUGCAUUAAAUUUUUUUCCCAAGUUUG